AUGAAGCUUCUCGUGGUUGGUAAUGGAGGCCGGGAGCACGCCCUGGUGUGGAAGCUCGCGCGGUCACCAAAGGUCGAGCACAUCUAUGUUGCGCCUGGCAAUGGAGGGACUGCCAGUGGCUUCAAGAACGUCUCUAACGUCAACAUUGGCGUGGGAGCAUUCAAGGAACUCGUCGAGUUCGCCGUCAAGAACGAGAUAGACCUUGUUCUGCCUGGCCCUGAGGCACCGCUCGUGGACGGCAUUGAGGGCCACUUCCGCAAGGUCGGCAUCCCCUGCUUCGGCCCCUCCCAGGCCGCCGCACGCAUGGAGGGCUCCAAGACCUUCUCCAAAGACUUCAUGCAGCGGCACUCCAUCCCCACCGCCGAGUACCGCAACUUCUCCGACUACGACUCCGCCCGCGCCUACCUCGACAGCGUUCCGCACAACGUCGUCAUCAAAGCCUCCGGCAUCGCCGCCGGCAAGGGCGUGCUCAUCCCCGCCACCAAGGAGGAGGCGCACGCAGGGCUGCGCGAGAUCAUGGUCGACCGCGAGUUCGGCGCCGCCGGCGACGAGGUCGUCAUCGAGGAGUUCCUGGAGGGCGACGAGCUCAGCAUUCUCACCUUCAGCGACGGAUACCACAUUGUCUCGCUGCCGCCCGCGCAGGACCACAAGCGCAUCUUUGACGGCGACCAAGGCCCCAACACGGGCGGCAUGGGGUGCUAUGCGCCGACGAGGAUUGCGAGCCCGAGCGUGCUGGAGGAGGUCAAUAGGACGAUCCUGCAGCCGACGGUGGACGGGAUGAGGCGUGAGGGGUAUCCGUUUAGGGGGAUGCUCUUCACGGGGCUGAUGAUGACCAAGAAUGGCCCGAAGGUACUGGAGUAUAAUGUCCGCUUUGGAGACCCGGAGACACAGACUGUCAUGUCGCUGCUGAGCAAGGACACGGAUCUUGCGGAGGUGCUCAUGGCCUGUGCGAUGGGCUAUCUUGACUCUGUCAAGGUCGAGGUCACCAAGCAGUUUGCGGCGACCGUCGUGGUGGCUGCUGGAGGAUACCCGGGCUCGUACGAGAAGGGCAAGGAGAUCAAGUUGGGGCCUGUGGGACCUGAUACCGCCAUUUUCCACGCCGGCACAUCAUUGGUCGACGGAAAGAUUGUCACCGCCGGUGGAAGAGUUAUUGCUGCUACUGCUACUGCAGACACUCUUGAGGACGCUGUCAAGAAGGCAUAUGAGGGCGUCAACACCAUCUCAUUCGAUUCCAUGUUCUACCGCAAGGACAUUGCCCACAGAGCCUUCAAGCAGAAGCCCGCCGAGGUAGCAAUGACCUACGCCGACUCAGGCGUCGACGUCGACGCCGGCAACGCCCUCGUCCAGCGCAUCAAAGCGGCCGUCAAAUCCACGCGCAUCCCCGGCGCCGACGCCGAACUCGGUGGCUUCGGCGGCAUCUUCGACCUCCACGCCGCCGGCUGGACCGACCCGCUUCUCGUCGCAGGCAUCGACGGCGUCGGCACAAAGCUCAAGAUCGCCUGCGCCCUCGGCAAGCACCGCUCCGUGGGCAUCGACCUCGUCGCCAUGUCCGUCAACGACCUGCUCGCGCAGGGCGCCGCAUCCCUCUUCUUCCUCGACUACUACUCCACCUCAAAGCUCAACAUCGACGAGGCCGCCGAGUUCGUCGAGGGCGUCGCAGACGGCUGCAAGCAGGCCGGGUGCGCACUUAUCGGCGGCGAGACCGCAGAGAUGCCAGGCAUGUACGCCGUCGGCGACUACGACGCCGCGGGCUGCGCCAUCGGCGCCGUCAACCGCGACCAGGUCCUGCCAAAGCUCGACAAAAUGGUCGAGGGCGAUGUGCUCGUCGGCCUCGCCUCCAACGGCGUCCAUAGCAACGGAUACUCGCUCAUCCGCAAGAUUGUUGAUCGCGCGGGGCUGGCCUGGACCGCUCGCGCGCCGUGGAACAGCGCGGCUACCGUCGGCGAGGAGUUUCUCACCCCGACGCGCAUCUAUGUUAAGCAGAUCUUGAAGGUGUCGACGCGGGGGCUGAUUAAGGGGCUGUCGCACAUCACGGGCGGGGGGCUGACGGAGAACAUCCCGCGCAUGCUGCCGGCGCAUCUGGCGGCGGAGGUGGACGUGAGCGCGUAUCAGCUGUCGCCGAUGUUUAGGUGGUUGAAGAAGGCGGGGAAUGUGGCGGACUUGGAGUUUGCGAGGACGUGGAAUACGGGGUUGGGGCUGGUGGCGGUGGUGGCGAGGGAGGAUGUGGACGAGGUUGUGAGGGUGCUGAGGGAGGAGGGGGAGACUGUUGCGGUGGUGGGGAGGGUUGUGGCGAGGAGUGGGGAGGGGUGUGUGUUGAAGGGGUUGGAGAGCUGGAAUUAG